GUGUGAACAGUACGUUUUUAGUUCGUCGUCACAAAGUUACUUCGAAAUUCUUUUAUUAAAUUCGAAUUUAUAAACUAGGAAUUGUGGUUUUAAAAAGUAUAGUGGCACUUUUAUAAAGACUGUUUACAUAAAUUAAAGUAAGUGUUUAAGAUUAAAUUAUAGUUGAGAGUUUAAAGUUUUUAUUGCAACAUUUAGACCCGGCUGCGACGAUUUAAACUGUGCAAAUACUGUGUGAAAUCUUGUGUUUAGUGACAAAUAAUUUAUAUCACUUAUAAGGUGAUCAGAUACUUUGCUGGAUUGUGGUGGCACAAGUGUACAGCUAGACAACCUUGCAUGACCAGUUUUUUCGUGACAGAAAAAUGCUGCCAAGGAAAAGAAGUACAAUAUUGUUCACAAUACUCUACUUGAUACAGUCAUCACAGCAACAUGGCUCCGGUGCUCCUCCAGCGGCGUGUAUCGACCAGUUACCACGUCAUUCAACCAUCGAGCCACAGUCGACAGUUCCACCAUACCUGAUCCUCACAUCAGCCUCCCAGGUCCGGCAGGGAGACACCCUGAAUGUGACUAUUGGGAGCCCAGCCGGCGCUCCACUGCCUAUUGGAGGGUUUAUCUUACAAGCCAGACAAAUACAGAAUCAAGACACGAUAGUAGGCAAGUUCAUCAGAGUGCCAGACCCAGUGGCUACCCACAUCAUCAGCUGCAGAGGCAACAAUGAUACGGUGACGCACUCAUCACCCGAUGAUAAACCUGCCAUGACCUUCCAAUGGCAAGCCCCUACCGACUUCUUGGGCGGAAUCGAAUUCAGAGCAACAGUAGCACAAACGUACGCCAUGUUCUGGAGGAAUGUGGAGUCGCCGCUGGUGGAAGUGGUAACUCCUGAUACCGUGGUCACAACACUGCCUCCCAACCAAGUAGCACUCGCUACCAGCACGCAAGAGCCACCGGUUAUAUUGGAGUCCAAGUCCAAACCAGCGACGCAAAAACUGGAUACGAUUUACCAAGGCUGCGCAGACACAAAACUAUGCUUUGGUGUACCUCAGAACUGUAUCCCCAAAGGUGACUGCAAAGCGAUUGUGGCUAUAUUCGUCGCGGGCGAUGCGUACACCUUCGAAAUCCAGGGUACUGAUAAGCCGAAGUACGUCGCAGCAGGAUUAAGUAUGGACAACAAAAUGGGUGACGACAGCGCUAUGGAAUGCGUCAGAAAUGAUAAUGGUAGAGUCAGUCUGUUCACCUCCUGGACGUAUCCGAAGUCAGAGCCAUAUGUGCGGAGAUCAGACUCUCCACAAGAUAUAGUUCAACUGUUGGAGUCUUCGGUCAUUGAUGGGAAAUUGUACUGUAAAUUCAGAAGAGAUACAGUUUCUGUUGUGAAGGGACAGACGUUCGAUCUUGCGAAUAACAAAUAUAAUUUGAUGGUUGUAUCUGGAGAUAGUAUGAAGGAUGCCGACCGCGUGGGUUUCCAUUCAAUAGCUUACGAGUCGACCGGUGAACCACUAGCUUUGUCCACCGUUGGAUCAGCUGCAGGCGCCUCCAAACUGCUUUUGAAGCUCCACGGGUCCUUUAUGUUGGCUGCUUGGCUUGGAACUGCAUCUUUGGGCAUCCUUCUUGCCAGGUAUUUCAGACAAGUGUGGGUCGGAAAACAGCUUGGUGGCAAGGACAUCUGGUUUGCUUACCACAGAAUAUUGAUGGUAGUGACGUGGUUGCUGACGGUGUGCGGGUUCAUACUGAUCCUGGUGGAGGUCGGUGGCUGGUCCACCACUGGUGACAACCCUCACGCUAUCACCGGCAUUGUUACUGUCAUAUUGUGCUUCAUACAGCCAAUUGGUGCCUACUUCAGGCCACACCCCGGUACAAAGAAGAGGCCAAUAUUCAACUGGUUGCAUUGGCUCGUUGGCAACGCUGCUCAUAUACUUGGAAUCGCUACAAUAUUCCUAGCGGUAUAUCUUCAAAAAGCAGAAUUACCUCCGUGGAGCGUGUACAUCCUCGCUGCAUUCGUCGUCUUUCACGUCAUAAUGCACUUUGUUUUAUCGUUGAUCGUGUGCGUAUCUGAGGGUCGAAUUAGCAAUGGUCGUGUCAACACAUUCCCCAUGAAGGACAUGCUGGGGUCCCGCCAAGCGUCGCAGGUCGACAGGAGUACAGAUGCGCCGUUCUCCAGCUUCAGAAAGUUACUACUUGGGAUAUACGCUCCCAUCAUCAUCCUGUUCGCCGUCGCAAUGAUUUGUCUCGUGGCCUUGGCUCCUAUAGCUGAGACCUACACUACGUUGAUGGGAGCCUAGUACCGCUUUAAAAAAUUUUCAAUAAAUAUAAGCAAUGAAAAUAUUUUAAAUAGCAGAUUUCUCAAAUUUUAUAUAUUAUAAUUUUGGGUUAUAGAAAUAGUUUACUAUAUGUGAAAUUAAUGUAACAACGGAUGAAAAAUGGAAAUACUUGUAAUGUAGGUGCGAACAGUAACAGUGCAAAAGUGACAAUGAAAUAUUGUAUAACCCAACACUAAACUCUAGACUAUCACAGUGUCGUCUGGUGUUAAAUAAAUAAAA